ACCCUAUUUGUUAUUUGUAUCAUUUUAAUUUUAUUAAUAAAAAUGUCAAACAAUUUCUUUGUGUUUUUACCAAGUAAUGUAUCUGAUUACCCAGAUAAUCAACCCAAUAAAUUUCGAGUUCAUCUACCUAAACCAAUAUAUUUUAACGGAGAUUGGGUUUGUGGUUUGCACAGUAUUAGCUAUCCUUAUUCGUGGCCUUCCACUAUCGGCACAUUAGACGAUCAAUGGAUAAAAAUAAAUUUUUUUGAUGAAUUAAAUAAACAACAGGUGCUUCGUGUGCCGAUACCAAAAGCAUCUCAUAUUAAAGUAGAAAAAUUGCGAGAUUUCCUUAAUUCCACGCUUGAACAUCAAAGUAAUGCAUUAGAUUCAAUUUUCACUUCCAAAGGCUUAGUGGAUAAACCAACCGUUUUGUCUCCGCCGAAAUUAGAUAGAAAGAAAAGGGCCGCUGAAAAUAUUAGACCUAUCUCACCACCUCUACAAUUAAAAGUAAAUAAAAAGGAAGAAAAACCUCAAAAGAUUAAUUCACCUCCAAGGACCCAAGAAAAUAUAAAUAAAGGAAAGGAGUUGCGCAGUGAAGGAAAAACAAAAGAGAAUGAAAAUAUAGAUAAACAAAUAAAAUCUGGCUCGCUGUCAGCUUUAAAGUCGCCAUCUGUGCAACUAAAUAAAAAGGAUGAGGCUCCUCAAAAGACCAAUUCAUCCCCAAAACCUGAAGCGAAAGAGUUACGUAAUGAAAAAGAAAGAGAAAAUGCAAAUAAAAUAAAAAUCAUCUCACAGGAUGAAGUGCCAAAAAAAUCGCUUUCCCCCUCACUCCCGCCUUUAAAGAGUGAUGAAUUACAAACAAUAAGAGAGAAAAAAACACCGGCCUCAAAUAAUGUGCUUACUAUACUAGGAUUAGCUGAAAGUGAAUCGGAGGAUGAUGCAGAAAUAGAAAAUAAUCAAACUAUAACCGUUGAAGAAGAGAAUUUCUUGAAUAAAUCAACCAGGUUUUCAAUAAGUAAAUAUGGAAAGAAGUAUAAAGGGGGAAUAAAACUUCUUAAAAAUAUUAUUGAUUCUAUUGAAUUUCAAUAUAAUGUAGAUUUUGGACGUUUUCGUUUGAUUUUUGGUCAUCCUAAUAUUAUACAUAUAUCAUUUUCAUCACAACUUGGUUAUGUACUUGGAUUUGAAAAUCCUCAUAAGGUUAAACACAAUGAAAUUGCAAAAUAUGGAUGCGAUCUUCGAGGAGGAUUUUCUAGUUUCGCGGUGUAUGUAAAAGGCUUGACGGAAAAUAUGAUUAUCGGAAAUUCAUUAAGCUCUCUUUUAAGAGUAGUUUCUGUUGCAGGUUCUAAUCCUGGUGAAUAUAAUGAAAAGAUUUACGAUACCCCUAUUUAUGCGCGUGUACUACCUAGAGAAAUAAACGAAAUUGAAAUUGAGCUGCGAACAAUGGAUAAUGGAAGACUUGUCCCUUUCUCCUAUGGAACAGUUCUUGUGGUAUUAAUAUUCAAAAAAGUGAUUAAUUUUUAA